CUUAAACUGGCCCGGCCUCUGCGGCCAUUUAAAGCCCAUCUCUUGCCGGCUGCGCUGCCUCCCAGUCCGCGAGGUGGGUGGAGAAGUCCUGUCCGGACUUAGCGAAGGCCUCAGGCCUUUGCGCAGCAGAUAAACCGAACUCCAGCCUGAAAUUGAGGGUCCACAGUCCGAAAAAAGAUGCGAGCGUCCAUCCCGGAGCCCAAAGUUGGAGACCUGAUUGAGAUUUUCCGCCCUUUCUACAGACACUGGGCCAUCUAUGUUGGCGACGGAUACGUGGUCCACCUGGCGCCCCCAAGUGAAGUUGCGGGAGCUGGUGCGGCCAGCAUCAUGUCCACCCUGGCCGAGAAGGCCGUGGUGAAGAAGGAACUGCUGGACGAUGUGGUCGGGAGAGACCGGUACCGGGUCAACAACAAACACGAUGACAAGUACUCGCCGCUGCCUCCCAGCAAAAUCGUCCAGCGGGCGGAGGAGCUGGUGGGGCAGGAGCUGCCCUAUUCGCUGCCCUGUGAGAACUGCGAGCACUUCGUGAACGAGCUGCGCUACGGGGUCGCCCGCAGUGACCAGGUCAGAGAUGCCUUCAUGAUGGCCGGCGUCACGGGCCUGGGCAUGGCCGCCCUGGGCCUCAUUGGAGUCAUGUUCUCCAGAAACAAGCGGCAGAAGCAAUAAGAAGGGACUGUCCCGGCAGCAGUGACUUUUGUACAUUUAGGGGGCCUUGUAAUUGGCCAGGUUUCGGUUUGCGGAUUUCAUGCUGUUUGAUGAUAAGGCUUAUUUUUGCAGGAUAAAAUAAAGCCCAGUAAGGGAGGUCUUUACUGGGGAAAUGCAGCAAGA